AUGGCUCACUUAAAGGAUGUUCAGAGGAAGACUUCACUCAAUCUAGUGACUGGAUUUUUCCAAUAUUUGCGUGAUGAGCAGGAGGCAGUGCAGAAGCGGACCUUCACCAAAUGGAUCAAUUCUCAUUUAGCAAAGCAUAAACCGCCCCUUGAGGUGAAUGACCUGUUUGAGGAUAUUAAAGAUGGGGUGAAGCUCCUGGCUCUGCUGGAGGUGCUGUCGGGUCAGAGACUGCCAUGUGAACAAGGCCGGCAGCUGAAGAGGAUCCACUGGGUGUCCAACAUCGGCACCGCACUUUCAUUUCUCGAAGGCAGGAAGAUUAAACUUGUGAACAUUCAUGCCACUGAUAUCGCAGACGGACGGCCUUCGAUCGUCCUCGGCUUGAUAUGGACAGUUAUCCUCUACUUCCAGAUUGAGGAGCUGACCAGUAACCUGGCGGCCCUUCAGGCUUUGUCCAACAGUAGCUCUUCAGUGGAGAGUGUCCCUGGCUCUGACUCAGGAAGUCCUCCCAUGAAGCGGAAAGUCAUCAACAAAUACCCGGGCAACGCCAAGAAGGCUCUGCUCCGAUGGGUGCAGACCACCGCAGCCAAAUACCAUGGGAUUGAGGUGAAGGACUUUGGCCCCAGCUGGCGCAAUGGCGUGGCCUUUGAGUCCUUGGUCCACGCCAUCAGACCAGACCUAGUGGACAUGGAGCUGGUGAGGAGGAGGGGCAACAGGGAGAACCUGGAGGAGGCCUUCGCUCUGGCUGAAAAUGAACUGGGAAUCCCCCGUUUGCUUGAUCCAGAAGAUGUGGAUGUGGACAAACCCGAUGAAAAGUCCAUAAUGACAUACGUGGCCCAGUUUCUCAAGCACUAUCCAAACCCACAGUCGGAGACGGACGGACACCAGGACCAGCUGCUUCUUGGCUCAAUUCCGACUUUUGCCCUGUCAGUCCCGGUGCUGCAGUUUGCUCCUCACGAUAUAGAGCAAAUGCUGGAGCGAGAGGAGAGGAAGAUGCUGAGGGAGCUCAAAGUGUUUUUGAAUCAAUUGGAGAAAGAUGUUCUGAGAGCCCAAGGAGCCGAGGGGAACCUGACUGACAAAUACCAGGCCUUCAAGAGUUUUCGUGUUCAGUACGAGAUGAAGAAGAAGCAGACGGAGCCGCUGCUGCAGCCCGUGAGUCGAGACGGAAAACUGUCCGUGGACCAAGCUCUGGUCAAGCAGGCGUGGGACCGGGUCUCUGCCAGGCUGCUGGAGUGGCACAUCCACCUGGACAAGUCUCUCCCGGGCCCUUUGGGAGUGAUCGGAUCCUGGCUACACAGAGCAGAGAUGGCCCUGAGAGACGACAUCCCCAUCCUCCACGCUCACGAAGAGACCGCCAACGUCAUCCACAGACGGCUGGAGCAGCACACGGAGAUUUUAAAAAGCCUUGAACCUCACAGACAGACCUUUCAGCAGAUACACAGGGACAGGUCUGUGAACGGAGUCCCUGUGCCUCCUGAACAGCUGCAAGACAUGGCUGAACGAUUCAACUUUGUGUCGACAUCGUGCCACAGUCACCUGAUCAAGAUGGAAUUCUGGGAAAUGAAGUACAGACUGAUGUCAUUUAUUUUUCUGGCUGAAUCAAAGCUGAAGACCUGGAUCAUUAAAUAUGGCAGAAGAGACUCUGUGGAGCUCCUUUUGCAAAACUAUCUGACUUUUAUUGAAAACUUUAGAUUUUUUGACCAAUACGACAUCAUCUUCAGCGCCCUCAAACAAUCGGCAGAGGUCUACGUGAGGUCUGACAACUCAAGGUACAAAACCUGUAACCGAGUUGACGAGGCAGAAGGUGUGAGUAAGUUCCUGAAUGAAACCACAGCUCAGUGGAAGCACUUGGCUCUGGAGGUGCGGAGUGUGCGGAGCAUGCUGGAGGAGGUGAUCUCCAACUGGGACAAGUACAGCAGCACCGUGGCCUCUCUGCAGGCCUGGCUGGAGGACGCCGAGCUGAUGCUGAACCAAUCAGAAGCCACAAAACGAGACUUUUUCAGAAACUUGUCACACUGGAUUCAGCAACACAUGGACAUGAAUGACUCUGGAAACUUCUUGAUUGAAACUUGUGAUGAGCUGGUGUCCAGAGACUUAAAGCAACAGCUCCUCCUGCUGAACGGGAGGUGGAGAGAGCUCUUUGUCAAAGUCAAACAGUAUGCAAGAGCAGAUGAGGUGGAUAAGCUGAGGCAGGACUAUCACGAUGGGAUCAACACUCUCAAAAUAUUCAUGGAUGGAACCGACGAGAAGAUGACAGCUCCGGUUCAAGUCUCAUUCCUCAACGUCCGAGCUUUUGUGCAAGAUGUUGAAGAAAUAAAGCAUAAAGUCCCAGCGAUGGAGGCGGCGUGUAAAGCAGCGUGUCGCACUGCUCAGAUUCUGACCAAAGACACUCCACAAGAAGAGGUUUCUCGGAUGAACUCUCUGAUGGCGUCCAUCAAGGAGCAACUGAGCAAGGUGAGGGAAAGAUGUCUCCCUUUGCUGAAAGAAUCCCAGUCUCUUCUGCCUCUUCUGGAAGAAAUGGAGAAAAACAUCAGUGGGUUUUACCAGGCUCUGGAGAAGGCCAGCCACAUCACCGGCACCGCCGACCCCGAGGGCCCAGGGGACUUCAAGCAGAGAUGUCAGGAGCUUGCGACCUUCACACACAGCUGCAAGAAGUGUCUGACAGUGAUCGAGAAGAAUCACCAAAGCAUCCAGAAGAUCAUGAACACCAGUAAAACUCUGCAGUACAUGGACAUGGGGCUGCUGCAGAAGAGAGUGGUCGAUCUGCAGUCUGCGUCUCAGACUAUGAUAAAUGAGUCCAAUGAGUGGAGGAGACACAUGGAGGCCAACAGCAGUCUGAUGAAGAGGUUUGAAGAGUCCAGGAUCGAGUUGGAGAAAGUCCUUAAAGCGGCUCAAAGCUGCAUUACCGAGCGUGGCCACUGUGAGGAGCUGCUUCGAAAACACACUGAGUUCUUUGCCCAAAUGGACCAACGCAUCUUAAACUCGUUCCUCAAAGCCUGUGACGAUCUGACGGACAUUCUUCCAGAGCAGGAGCAGCAGAGUCUACAGGACACAGUGAGAAAACUGCACAAGCGCUGGAAGGAUAUUCAGACAGAUUCUCCUUUUCACCUGCUGCGUCUCAAAGUGGAAGCAGAGAGGGCGAAGCUGUCGGCGUGUCUUCAGGACUGUCAGACGGAGGUGACCCGACAGAACCGACAUUUGGCCAAUGUGGGCAGUGAGCGGCUCAUCAAGGAGCACAGGGCUUUCUUCAGAGAUAAGGGUCCUCUGUCCAUCUGUGAGAAGAGGCUGCAGGUGAUGGAAGACCUCUGUCUGAAGCUCCCAGAGGACGACUCAGUUCAUUCCAUCAUGGAGACGGCCAGAAAAGACUUUGCCGAGGUCCGAGAGGAGAUCGACAGCACGUAUCUGAAACUGCUGCAGCAUCAGGACAAAUGGAAGGACUACAAUGAACGGUACGCAGAGCUGUCUUGUUGGCUUAUAUCAAAGGAAAGUCAACUGAGGCUCUUGAGAACCAGAGCCAACGACCCCAGGAAGUACAGCCAGGUCAAAGCUUCCAUCAUGGAGCUGAGGAGUGAUGCUGAGCUACAGGAGAGCAAUCUGAGCUGGCUCAAAGCUCGCAUGGCCGUUCUCUUAGAGGUCUGCGCUGACGCUGACGGGCAGAGGCAAGCCAGUGCUCUCAGCAAACUCUCCACUGACUUCAAGAGCCUCCUGGUCUCACUGAUAGAGGCUGAUAAGAUGAUAUUGGCGGUAGGAGACUGUGUUCAGUUCAGGGAGGAAGUGCAGACGACACUGGAGGACUUGGUGCAAGGACAGAAAGAAUCUCAAACUGAAGUCACCAAAAUCCUGGACUCACCGAACGUCAGAGACGCACAACAACUGCUGCUCGUUUAUCAGCAACUCCUGAAGCGCCUGAAGCUGAAGCGGCGGGACGUGCAGCAGCUGAUGACCCGAGGGCAGCAGCUCCAGGCCGAGGAGGGCGUGGGGGACAGUCUGCAGCAGGACCUGCAGGGUCUGGAAAACACACUCAGCAAAAUGGAACACAACGUGGACUCACAGGAUCAGAGCCUGGAGGUAACGCUGGCCGCUUGGCAGGAGUUCGAGAGUCAAGAGCAGGCAGCGCUGGAGUUUGUCGCCAAAGCUCGAUCCUCGAUGGAGCGAGACCUGAGCUUCAGCAGCCCCGAGUGUCUCGCCGUGGAGCUGGACCAGGCCAAAGUUUUACUGAAACAAUGUGAAGCAGAAGUUCUUCAUAUGAACACUUUAGCAAAAAGAGCCACAGAAAUUCAACUCGGCCCAAAGAAUAAAAACCUUCUGACUCAACAAGCUCGGUCUCUGCGCGAGGAAGUGGACGCCAUCGAGUCUGGACUCAAGAAAGAUGUUAAGACUUUGGAAGACAUGAAGCAUCAAUGGCAGAAGUUUAUCGCUGGAUAUGAAGGAUUUUCACUGUGGAUUUCUGCAAAUGAAAAACAGUUAGAAUUGGUCAAAACGUCCUCUCGACCUCUGGAGGAACAAAUGAAGACAGUGAAGGCUGUGAGUGCGGAGGUGCAGGACCACUCUGAGGUCCUGUCCCAGCUGGAGGCAGAGGCUCAGGCCCUGGGGCAGUUUGUGUCCUCGGGGGAGGCUGCUCGGGUCAGAGCUCGACUCACUCAGGUGCGACGGAACUGGGAGGAGCUGAAGGAGAGUGUGCAGCAGCUUGAGGCUCAGCUGGAGGAGAGCUCUUCACAGAAACAGAAAUUCACCGUAGGACUGGAGGAAGUCCAAACUUCUCUUGGUGAUUUUCAUACAACACUAAAGGAUCCCAUUAAAUCCUGUACUUCUUCAUCCGACACUUAUCAAACUCUUCAAAGUCAUAUGGAUGUUUGUCAGAACCUGGAGAGACUUCGAGGUCCUCUUCUGGCCCUGACGGCUGGAGCUCGAAGACUCAGCGACAGAGCAGAAGCAGAGAAGACUGCAGUCCGUGUGAACAGUCAGUUUGAGCAGCAUUUACAAGAAGCAAAGGACAAACAGAACGCACUGGAGGGUCUCCUGUCUCACUGGCAAAGAUACGAGAAGCAGCGGUCUGUCUUCAUGUCCUGCUUGGACAGAUGUGAAGCUCCUUCCAAAGCAGAGAGUCAGUAUCUUUCUGCUGACAAAGCAAAGCUUCACACUGAGCUACAAGAGCUGCAGUCGUUGCAGUCUGAACUCCUCUCUCUGGAACAUUCUUAUCUGGACCUCGUGUCUUUGGGAACUUUACUUUGUCCCUUUGCUCCGGAGGAAAAAGUGACUCAGCUAAAAGAAGAACACAACACUCUACAAAAACGAUUGGAAACUCAAAAGGCGGUCAUACCUCAGAGAAUAAAGGACCUCCACAGUCACUUGUCGCUGGUGGAUCAGUUCGAUCAGGCUUUACUCAAAUUCUCACAAUGGAGUGACUCCAUGCUCUCGAAUCUUCACUCCUCUUCUCAAGUCAAUAUCAACAACCUCCACGCUGCUGCUUCAGUCGUGAAGGAGACACAAGCUGCCUUGGAGAAGCAGUCUGCAGUGAGACAGAGCUUGGAGCAACAGGCCGGAAAACUUUGUCAGUUCUGUGAGCCUGGGGAUACAGAGGUUCUCCAAACUCGAGCCGAGAGUUGUCUCCAGCCUUAUACAGAAGCUACGCAGCUCGCCGACCUCCAAGUUGAAUGCAUAGAUCGACUGGAAGCUUUCUUACAAACCCACAGUGUUGCUGCGGGAGUUUUGCACGGACUCCGACAGACGGUGGAAAACGCUGGCAGCUGGGACCGAGGAAGAGUGGAGGAGCUUCAACAAGAACUGGCCACGAUCGUCCCAGACAUAAACCAACUGGAAACUUUAGCUGUCAACUUAGAUAGCAGCCUUUGCAAAAGCCAUUUACACAUCAGUGCAGAGAAGGGGACUCGUAAGUCCUGUAGGAUGUUGGCAGACGCGCUCAGUGCAGAGUUAGACACUGUGAGGAAUAUGCUUGGGUCCAAACAAAAUGAGGCAGAGGCACUUGGGGCUUUGUGGACUUCUUUCAGACAGAGAAAAGAGCAGCUCCUCAAAAGGGUGGAGGAUAUUGAAGAGAAAGCCGAUCAGCAGAGUUUCAAAGAGCCUACAUUACAUGCAGUGCAGCAAAGGUUGCGGUUCUUCAAUCAGCUGGAGGAUGAGCUGCAGUCUCACCAGCAUGAGGAGCAGUGGUUACGGGAUAAAGGAAACCAGUUGGCCCAGAGGGACGCAGAACUUGGGGGCGAGGUCCUCCGCGAGAUCUCCCUCUUGGAGACGACAUGGGACGACACCAAGAAACUCAUCACAGAAAGACAAGAACAGUGCAAUGUCCUUGUUGAGCUUAUGAGAGAAUACCAAGCCUUAAAAACUUCUAUCAGUGGCAUUAUUGAAGGAGCAGAGUCCGUGGUUGAUAUUUACCCGGUUUUAAAAGACUACGAAGAAAGCAAAAAAAUGCUUUCUAAGCAUGAGACAGUCAAAGUGGAUAUGGCGAGCAAGCAACACGAACUCGACCAGUUUUCCAACAAAGGAAAGCUAAUUAUUGUCGAUCUGAAGAGGAUCCCAGACUGUGAGACUCAAGGGAUGAAGAAAGAGGCAGAGACCAUCGUGGAUCACUGGCUGGAUGUGUCAGAAAAGAUAGACGACAACGUUGAGCAUCUAAACCAGAGCUUGAUGGUGUGGGAGGAUGUUCGCAGAAUCAGUGAAGACAUUGAGAACUGGACCAACCACUGUGUCUCCGAACUGAACCAAAGUCUCAGCAACCUCAACGACAGUCACAGGUUUUCAGCCAGACUCUCCGCUCUCCAGAUUGAAAUAACCGAAAAGGAGGAGAAACUUGCAACUUUUCAAAGCAAGAUUUCAGAGUUAAAGAAAAGUAUUCAAAGCCAAGAAACCCCUGCAAGGAUUCAGACUUUAGAGAAUGACCUGCAGAAGAAGAUUGCUGCAGUUCAGAAGCUCUUUGAACAAGCCAAAGGAAAUCUAAUAGACUUCAGUUCACAAAGAAAACAGCUGGAGGAUUAUAUCUCACAGAUGUCAGCGUGGCUCACGAGUAUGGAGGAGGCUUUGGUUUCCUCACCGACUGGAUCUGACCCAGAGGACAUCUGCAGAGUCAAGGAGAUUCAAAAGGAACUUCAAAACCAACAGGGAAGUAUCGAUGCCACCAGAGAGAGCCUGAACACUCUGUGUCGAAAAUACCCGUCUGAGGAGUUGGCCAGUCUGGGUUCAGCUCUCACCGACCUCAUCAAAACCUAUGAAUCUGUGAACCAGCUCUCUGCUCGCACCCUGAUGUCUCUGCAAAGCUGCCUCCAGCACCAGUUCAAUGAUAUGGCUCAGGAGUUUCACCGCUGGCUUUCGGAGCAGAGGGAGAUAGUAAAAGAGUGUUCUGACAGAUCUGGAGACACUUACAUUGUGGAUCGAAAACUGCAGAAGAUAAAGGGGGCCAUGGAGCGUGUGGAGGAGGGUGAGGUGCGUCUGACUGAUGUCUGUGAAGAGGGAGAGAAGCUGCUCCUCCAUCUGCCCAAAGCCAGUGCAGGUCAGGUCCAGCAGCACCUGUCCUCCAUCCAGCAGGACUGGGACGGCUUUGUGGACCAGUGCAGACAGAACCAGCAGAUCCUGGACGACACGGCCGCUCUGAUGAAGGGGUUUGAGGGUCGUCUGAAGAAGCUGAGGCUGUGGCUGGAGCUCAUGGAGAAGAGGAUGGCCACAGAUUUUAUCGACACCAAGCAGCGAAGUCCUGAGAAAGUGGUGCUUGAACAAGUGGAGGAGUAUCAGCAGGAGGUGCUAAAAGAAAGGGACUCGUUUGAGCGUCUGUGUCAGGAGGCCCAGGCGCUGAACGAAGGAGGCCGAGGGGACGGCAGUGAGACCCGGGUGGCGGCUCAGCUCCAGUCCCAGCACCAGGCUCUGCUCCGGAGGGGGAAGGACCUGCUCCGCUCCUGUCAGCUCACCCUCCAGGAGCAGCAGGCCUUUGAGGACACACUGCAGGCCACAUGGACCUGGCUCAGUCUGGUCCAGGAGAGGCUGGCUUCACUUAACAGCACUGUGGGCAACAAGGAGACGCUGGAGAAGAGGCUGGGUCUAGUACAGGACAUUUUGCUGAUGAAGGGUGAAGGCGAGGUCAAACUGAACAUGACCGUGGGUAAAGGAGAACAGGUCCUGAAGCACAACCGCAUGGAAGGACAGGAGGCCAUCUGCUCCCAGCUGCAGAGUCUGAAGGACGCCUGGGCCAACAUGCUCAUGACCUCCAUGAGCUGCCACAGUCGCCUGGAGUGGACCGUGACUCAGUGGACUAGUUUCUUGGACAAUCGGAGUCAGCUGCAGCAGUGGAUGGAGAGUGUGGAGCAGGAGCUGGGCCUGACCCUCCCACAGCAGCCUGGUCUGAAGGAGAAGUGCAGCCUCCUGGAACAACUGCGAACCCUCCAGGCCGACGUGGACGCUCACGCUGCAGUCCUGUCCCGUCUGACGGAGAAGGCAGUGGAGAUGCACGAGAAAACGGCUGAUUCCACCUUUGGACCAGAGUCAAGGGCGGAGCUCAGUGCACACUUUGCAGAUAUUUCAGCCGUGGUGAAGGGGAAAGUGCAGACGAUGCAGAACAUAGUGUCAGAACAUGAGCAGUACCUGGAUGCAGUGAGAGAUUUUAACGAUUGGUUGAUCUCAGCCAAAGAAGAGCUUCAGCGUUGGUCCGACCUGUCGGGAGAUUCUCUUUCCAUCAAGAGGAAACUAUCCAAAGUUCAAGAACUGCUGGACUCCAAACAGCGAGGAAGAGAAAGGUUAAACCGUGUCCAGAGAUGUGGAGCAGUGGCGAGGGACCACACCGGCUCUGGGGGAUAUGAGUCCAUGGAGCGAGAGGAGGCUGCUCUGCUGACCUCCUGGGACCAGUGGGAGCGAGGAGCACUUCAGACCAGGGCCAGUUUGGAAACCACCCUGUCCCAAAUGGUCAGCUCGGAGCAGGAGUUCAGCAGCCUCUCUGCACAGCUGGACCACGACCUGCACCACUUCAGCCGACUGCUGCAUCAAAGGAGUCUUCAUCUUUCACAGGCUGAGGCCAAGACUGACGGAGACGAGGCUGUCAAAGGAUGGGAGAUGGCAAAAGACACUUUAGAUGAACUUGUCAAAACUGAACCCUGGUCUGACAGUUUGAAAACUCAGCUGAAUGAUUUAUGUCGAUUUUCCAAAGACAUGGGGACACAGUCUGACCGGGUUUCCACGUUAAUAAAGGAAUAUAACAGUCUGAGCCUGAAGGCCUCCAGAGAAUGUCAGACCAAGGAGAAGCUGUUGGACCAGGGCUUUCGUUCGUCCUUCAGAGAGUUUCAACAAUGGCUCGUCAAUACUAAGAUCAACACCGCAAAGUGCUUUGAUGCUCCACAGAAUCUCAGCGAAGCCUCCUCAAGUCUACAGAAAAUACAGGAGUUUUUGAAUGACAGGGAACAGGGCCAGUCCAAGCUGAAUAAUGUGGUCAUGAACGGGGAGCGUGUCUGCAGCGUGGCGCCCAAAGACAAAGUGGAGGCAGUUCGUGUUAAAAUGACCACUGCUCGAGAAGACUGGAAGAGUUUAUUGACCAACCUUCACAACAGAGAGACCAAUUUACAAAACCUGGCGUCUCACAUGAAGGACUUUGAGGCCAGUGCAGAGCCGCUGCAGGACUGCCUCAAUGCCACAGAGAUGGCUGUGCAGGAGAGCAGCACCCGACUGCACGAUCUGACAGCCAAGAAACUGGAGCUACACAAACUCCAGUCUGUGCUUGAGGACUUGGCUUCUCAGGAGGUGCAGCUCUGCAGGCUCCGGGAGAAGGCCCAGCUGCUGUGGGACGAGCACGCGGCCGGAAAGGGUUUUGUGUAUCGCGUCUCUCAGCUCUCUGCUCAGUACCUUGCUCUAACCAACCUCACUAAGGAAAAGGCGUCGAGAAUCGAGCGCAUUGUCAAUGAGCACCAGCUGUUCUCUCAGGGCCUGAAGGAGCUGCAGAACUGGGUCGCAGACACCAGCCACAUGCUGCAGACCUACUGCGCUCCCACCGUGGAUAAAAGUGUUCUGGACAGCAGGAUGAUCAAACUAGAGGCUUUGCUCACAGCUCGUCAGGAGAAGGAGAUCCAGAUAAAGAUGUUGAUAACAAGAGGAGAGUCUGUUCAGAGGAACACCUCCUCAGACGGUGUUCCUGCGGUUCAGAAACAACUGCAGGAGCUGAAAGACUCGUGGGACGCUCUGCUCUCGGCUUCUAUCCAGUGUAAAAGUCAGCUGGAGGGCUCCCUGUCCCAGUGGACCAGUUACCAGGAGGACGUGCGACAGUUUGUGACUUGGAUGGAGCGAGUGGAGGAGAGUCUGGACCCAGCGGAUAAACACUGUCCUGAGAUGAGAGAUAAAACUGCAAAUCUGAGAAAAACAAAGUUGUUGUACGAGGAAGUCUUAAGUCACAAUGCACUCCUGGAAACUAUCACUGCAAAGAGUCUCAGUAUUUCUGAAAACUAUGUGACGCAACUUGAGCUGCAAGAUCUACAAGAGCGUUACAAUUCCAUUAAGGACAAUACCAUGAAAGCCGUGGGUAAAGCAGAAGAGUUGGUGAAGGCCCAUGAGGAGUACCAGCGUGGGCUCCAGGCCUUUGAGGAGUGGCUGGAGCAGGAGCAGGAGAAGCUGGGCUGUUACAUGCAGCUGGAGGGAGACGUGGACAUGUUGGAGGACACGCUGCAGAAGCUGCAGGAGCUGCAGCUCCACUGCACCGAGGGCCAGGCUCUGCUGAACACUUUGUCGAUCAGUCGGGAGCAGGUGGUCUCCUGGGGCCUGCCUCAGAUCGAGGACCGAGCCCUGGAGACGCUGCAGCAGGAGUGGAGGCUGUACCAGGCCCGGCUGGCCGAGACCCGCUCCCAGCUCAACAGUGCUCUGGCCAAACUCCGACAGAUGGAGCAGAAGUUCCAGUGUCUGGACAGUUGGCUCAAAGGAAUGGAAACCAAAGCACAGCUGCGGCUGCACAGGCGCUCUGACCGCACCACCAAAGACGCUCAGCUGCAGCUCAUCAAGAGUUGGCAGGAGGAGGUCCUGGUUUAUCAGGAGGAGAUGGAGGGCCUCAGUAUUUUGGCUCAGCAAGUCUUGGAUGAGACUCACAUCAGCUCCAGGAUCAGCUCCAGAGCCACUCAGAUCACCGCCCGCUACCACGCCCUGCUGCUGCAUUUACUGGAAACGAUUAAACAGCUCCAAGAGGAAGUGUCCUGCAUUGAAGAAGCUCAGAACAUCGUCACGACAUUUUCAGACUGGCUCAGUACAGCUCAGAAUAACUUCAGCACGGUGGCGAUCAGUGUGGAUGUGGUCGACCGCUUUGCCAUGGACAGAAAGAUGAAGAAACUGGAGUCGUUUCAGACUGACAUUGAGCAGGGCCACACUCUCCUAAAGACGAUGAGAGAGAAAACUGAACGUGCCAUGACGUUCCUGGAGGAGCCCGAAGCCGAGCAGCUGAAGGAGGAAGUGGACGCUCACCUCUCUCAGCUCGAGUUCCUGGUGUCUGCUUUACGAGCGGAACACAGCUCUUUAGAGAAAUGCUUAUCACUUUCAAAAGACUUCAUGGAUAAAUACAAAACGCAGGCGCAGUGGGUUCUGGAGACCAAGAACUUAUUAGCAGCAAAUGUGGAACCUAAAGCAGAACUCUAUCAAAAGAAAGCCCAGCUGGCGAAAUACAAAACGAUCCAGCAGACUGUGCAGUCCCAUGAACCGGCUGUGAAGUCUGUGUUAGAAAAGGGAGAGAACCUGCUUGAGUUAGUUCACGACCCAAUAAUCCGAGAAAACAUGAAGAAACUACAGACUAACUUCCAGGAUCUAAGUCUGGCUUCCAAGAUCCAUGUCCAAAACCUUGUGGAUUGGGUAAAAGAGCAUGAAGACUACAACAGUGAGCUGCAGGAAGUGGAGAAAUGGCUGCUUCAGAUGUCGAGUCGUUUGGUCACUUCUGACUCGAUGCAAACCAGCAGCAUGGAAAUGGCAACGCAGCAACUCGCUCGGCACAAGGCAAUAAUGGAUGAGAUCUCGAGUUUUGAGGAUCGCCUCAACAGCUUGAAGCAGAAAGGAGAAGACCUUGUAGCGAGCUGCAGUGGUCAAGUCCAAGCUAAAGUCAGUCAACAAAUCCAAGCUCACCAACACGGCACUCGGGACAGUUACUCUGCCAUCUGCAGCACUGCACAGCGGGUUUACCACAGUCUGGACCGUGAGCUGCAGAAACACGUGAGCCACCAGGACACUCUGGAGCAGUGUCAAACCUGGCUCUGCACGGUCCAAAAAGAGCUCAAUGAUCAGGGCCCGUCUGGUCUACAAGAGGCUCUCAAGCAGGUGAAACAUUACAGGGCACUUCAGGAGCAGGCCAGCACCUACCUGGACCUCGUAUGUUCUGUCUGUGAUCUGUCUGAUGAUGUAGUGAGAGUGACGGCAGCAGAGGUCCAGCAAGUCAAGCUAACAAUUGAGGAGCGUAUGUCCAGUGCUCAGGAGCUGUCAGAGGGAUGGAGGCAGGUCCGAGACCAGAAGCAGGACCUUACUGCUCUCUUUCAGGACAUGGAGCAGCAGCUGCUCUGCCUCUCCAGGAGACCCGCUGAACUGGAAAUUAAAAUAGCUCAGAACAUGCUCUCACAAGCCAAGGACUGUAGCCAGCUCCUUCAGUCCAAGAAGAGCACUCUCACUGGGAUGUCUGAGACUGUGAGUCGGCUGACAGGGGGUCAGGGGUCUCAGGAGAUUUCAGAUCUGGACCGUCUCAGCGACAUGUGGCUGGAGCUGUGUCAUCAGGCCAACAGACUGCAGAUCCAGAGGGAGGACGACCUGCAGAGGGCGCAAGAGUACCACACCUGUAUCAGUGCAGUGGAGGCACUCUUUGAACAGGUGUCCAGAGAGUGGGACAAUCUGGCCAGAACGGAUGCUGAAAGUUCAUCUCAACAUCUGGAUGCUCUACGUCAACUUGCAAUAAUUCUGGAAGAACAAAAGGGAGCUCUUGAGGACUUGAAGGAGCAGAAACAAAAAGUCAUUCAACAUCUCAAUUUGGACGACAAGGAGCUGGUCAAAGAACAAAUCAGCCACUUUGAGCAGCGAUGGAUGCAGAUGCAAAACCUCAUCGAAAAAAAGGUGCAGGAUUCGAUGGUGACACUGGAGGACAUGAGCCAAGUGGAGGCCCGUCUGAGAGAGGCCCGUGAUUGGGCCGAGGAGCAGCAGCCCGCUCUGUCUGAGGCCAUGAAGAUGAGUCCACCUCCAGAGCUGGCCCAGAGCUUUUUGUUCGACCAUUUAAGUAUAUGCAGCGAACUGGAGGCCAAGCAGCUUCUACUGGACCAAGCCAUGACUGACGCUGAUCGGGUCUUGGCUAGAUUAGGUCUAAGUGAACGACAGAACCUGCAGCAGCUUAUUUCAGACACGCAAAAUGUGGUGGAGUCUUUGAGCGUCAAGAUGGUGCAAAGACGAAAACAUCUCAGCAAAGCGUUCACAGAGAGGACGCAAUUCUUGAUGGCGGUGAACCAGUCGAUUUCAUGGGUUCAGCAGAACGAAAAGAAAGCCCAAGCCGAGGAGUGCAUCGCUUUGUUACCGGAGGAUUUGGCCAAACAAGUUAGAACAUGCCGGAAUAUCCAAAGCAGCCUUAAAGCUUAUCAGAGCGAGCUAACGUCGUUGUGGUCUCAGGGGAGGGAUUUGAUGAGAAAUGCGAGUGAAGAGGAGAAAAAUGAAAUCCUUUCCAAGCUCCAGGAGUUGCAGAAUACUUUUGAUCGGACUCUGCAUAGGUGUGGGCAAAAGCUGCAAGAGUUGGAAAAGGUUUUAGUAUCUCGCAAAUAUUUCAAGACAGAUUUGGAGAAGAUUUGCCAAUGGUUGAAGCAAGCAGAUAUCGUCACUUUUCCAGAAAUCAAUCUAAUGGUGGGAGAUGCUGAGUUGGACGCCCAGUUAUUCAAAUAUGAACAAAUUAUUGAACAAGCAAUUGAAUACGAAAAUCUCCUGCUGAUUGUGCAAAGGGCUGGACAGGAGAUUUUACCCACGUUGAAUGAGGUGGAUCACUGUUUCUUGGAUGAAAAGUUGAAUACCUUACCCCAACAGUACAACAGCAUUUUAACAUUGGCCAAAGAGAAGCACGAGAAAAUCCAACAAGCUAUUUUCACAAGGAAUGAAUAUGCUUCCUUCAUUGAUGUCACGCACAAGGCUCUGAAAGAACUGGAAGAGCAGUACAAUCAUCUCGGGACACAGCCUGUUGGUUUACAAACUGAAGAAGUGGUCAAUCUGCAGAGUGACUACAAAGCCAUACAGGCAGAUCUUAGCAGCUUGGGUCUUGCUGUGAGCGAACUGAACCAGAAAAAGGAGGGUUUUCGAAGCACCGGACAGCCGUGGCGCUCAGAGGAGAUGACUUUGCUGGUCAGUCUAUACAACAGUUUAAAGCGACUUGUCGAGCAAAAGGUCGAGCACUUAGAUGAGACUUUGGAGUCCUUUGAGGAUCACAAAGCUAUGGCAUUGCAAGUGGAUUCUGAAUUGAGGGCCACAAAGGAGCAGCUCGUUCGCGUCAACUCUGAAACGCAAUCGGCAGAGGAGAGAUUGCAGAAUUACCAUGCACUGGCGGGAAGUUUGCAUAAUGCAGAUUCCCACUUGUCGAGGCUAAUGGAACAAAUGGACACUCUUGCACCGCGGGUAGACCAAGCCACUCAGGACGCGUCUAAGGAACAAAUUGUAUCGUGGCAAGAGGAGCUGAGGUCCUUACAGUCCGCCGUCGGGGAGUUGAUAGAGGAGUGCGAGAACAGAUUUGUCCAGAGUAAAGAUUUCGAGACGGAGAUGACGCGGACGCUUGAUUGGCUGCAGAAGGUCAGGGAUGAUCUGAGCUCUGCAGUGAUCGUAGAUAUGAGGGUGGAGAAAGUGCAGGAGGAGAUUCGGAAGCAGCAGAUUAUGCAAGAAGAGGUGCAGUCCCGCCUCAGGAUCGUGGCAGCUCUGAGCUCAAGGGAGAAGCAGAAGUACAUCAGUGCCAAUGAGCUGGUCCCGUUUCACCUCGAUACGAGCCUGGAAGAGAUGGCCAAGCUGCAGGCGGACGUUCAGAAGGCAAUGAGCUCCAAACUGAUCAGUCUGGAGGAGGCCCUGGGGUUGUGUCAGAAAUAUCACUUCCGGAUGCAGUCGGCCUGUGAGUGGUUGGAGGAUGCGGUGUCUUUUCUCCAACAAGCAAGUCUGGGCGUGGAUGUGGAAAACUACGAGGAGUGUCUGAGGCAGCAGGAGGACAUCAUGGCCACGGAGCAGGAGUUCCUGAUCCACUUAGAUGAACUGCAGGAUGUGUUUCCACAGCUACAGGCUCUGGUGAAUCCUACAGCCAAAGAACAGCUCGGGGUCAGUGUGGACUCAGCCAAACAGAGAGGAGCAGAGGUCCGGGAUCAGCUGCAGUGUCACCAGGACGUCCUGCAAAGCUGUGUGUCUCAGUGGAAGUCCUACCAAGAGUCCAGACAGACCGUCAUUGAGCUCAUGAAUGAUGCAGAGAAGAAACUCACUGAAUUCUGUACAGCAAAGGCCGCCACAAGUCAAGAGGCUGAAGACAAACUCUGCAGCCAUCGCUCCUUGGUGUCGUUGGUGAAUGGUUUCCAAGAGAAGCUGAGUGAGUUGGAGGAGCAGGCCUCUCAGUUGGAGUUAGUCGGGAGCGAUGCCAGUAAAGCCACCAUCAGUCGCUCCAUGACCACCGUUUGGCAGAGAUGGACUCGUCUACGCAGCGUGGCCCGGGGACAGGAGAGGAUCCUGGAGGACACGGCACAUGAGUGGUGGACAUUCAGAGAGAAGAUGGCCAAAGUGAAAGCAGUGACUGAUGAGCUGCAGAGCAGGGUCCCUGACAGUUCUGUAGAGAAAGCCUCUAAAGCCACGCUGCAGUCCCUCCUGGACCAGAACGACCUGUUGAGUCAGGACCUGGAGCGAGAGCUGUCGUCCCUGAUGCUGCUGAGACAGUACGCGCUCAGUCUCUUACACGACAUGGAAGUGCCGUCUCCGACCAGUGAGCAGGACGAGCUGCCGAGUCUGCGGGAGAUCCGGGCCGUGCAGGAACAGAUGGAAAGCCUCUUAACACAGUCGCGCACUAAGCGAGCACAAGCAGCACAGGAGCUCAGAGACCGAGAGGAGGUGGAGAAGGAGCUGAGUGUGGUCAAGACCUGGAUCCAAGAGACGAGAGAGCUGCUGCUAAAUCCAACACUAGACAUUGAUGCUCUGCUCCAGGAGCUGGAGAUCGUGCACGGGGAUGUAAUUAGUUAUCGCCAGAGUGUGGACAAGUUAGCGGAGCAGCAACAGAGCAAGUACCUGGACCUCUACACGAUACUGCCCUCGGAGAUCUCCAUGCAGCUGGCUGAAGUCUCCCUGGCCUUAGGGGCCAUUGAGGACCAGGUUCUUUCCAAAGAGCGAGAGAUUCAGAAAACCAGAGAAAUCAAAGAACACUUCAGUUCUAGGAUCCACGACAUCUCUGUGAAACUUAAAGCUGCAUCAACUAAAUUUAAAGAAAAGUCUCCAGAUGUGGAUCACGCCAAAGAAGAAGUCAAAAGCUUGGUGGAGGACCUGGACGUGAGUGGUCGGGCUCUCGCUGAACUGGAGGCUGGGAUUCAGGAUUUCAGUCGCAGGAACCCGUUUUUAGCCAAGCAGCUCAGUGACGCCAUCAGCAAACUCUCUGAGAUGCACCACCACACGUCUCGACUGGCGGACUGCCGCAACAACUGGCUCAAAAAGGCGGUUUGCUAUUUAGACGAAUACAACGAGAUGCUGGACUUCAUUGUGCGAUGGUCUGAGAGAGCCAGGGGCCUCGCAAGAGCCAACAUCAUCUGGACCUCAUCUGUGCAUCUACAGGAGCAGAUCCGAAUGUACCAGUCUGUCCUCCGUGAGUCUCGGGAGCUUCAUGGAGACCUUGAAUCGAUGUCGGAGAAGGUGGAUCUUCUGUCUGAGGUGCUGCAGGUGGAGUCCAUGGUCCAGCAGGUGUGUUCUCUCAGCAGACUGUCAGAGGAGCUGCAGCAGAACAUCAACACACGCCUGCAGAGCCUGGAGGACGCUCACAAGAGUAUGGAGGCCUUAGAGUAUGAAGUGAAAGCUCUGCAUGUUGCUUUGGAACAAGUUCAGGCCACAUUGACGUCCCCAGAACUGUCCCGCCAAAGCCUCAAAGAACAACUGGCCCAGAGACAACGUUUAUUGGCCGACAUGGAGGGCUUUAAGCAGCAGGUGCAGGCCGUGCAGCUCUGUCAAAGUGCUCUCAGGGUUCCUGAGGAGGUGAUGCCAAACCUGGCCAUCUGCCGCACUGCUCUGAGGCUGCAGCAAGAGGCCAGCCAGCUGCAGCAUGUGGCCAUACAGCAGUGCAAUAUACUGCAGGAGGCAGUGGUUCAGUAUGAACAGUACGAGCAGGAGAUGAGAGACCUUCAGCGGCUCAUAGAAGAAGCUCAUCGCACCAUUCAGGACAGACCCAUCCCAUCCAGCAACAUCCAGGAGCUGCAGGCCCAGAUCCUACACCAUGAGGAACUUGCACAGAGAAUCAAAGGAUAUCAGGAGCAGAUAGCUUCCCUGAACUCUAAAUGCAAGAUGCUAGCAGUGAAGGCUAAGCAUGCUACCAUGCUACUGAGCGUGACUGAUGUGGAAGAACUGCCCGAAGAGUUGGACGGUGAUAAAAAGAAACUGUCUGUGCAAACUGUUACGAUGACCGCUGGCCGCUGUCACACGCUCCUGUCUCCGGUCACUGAGGAGUCUGGAGAGGAGGCCACCAGCGAGAUCUCCUCCUCUUCUCUCUGUCGCUCCCCUUCUCCUCUCACUGAGUCUGAACCCACUGUUUCAAAGAUGGGAAGAGGAGCGCUCAUUAAGGCUCCCGUCCAAGAGCUGUACGACCCGACAUUUGACUCUGUGGCUCAUCUGGACGACCUGCAGCGAUCGUGGGAGAGCCUGAAAAAUGUGAUCAGUGAGAAGCAGCGGUCUUUGUACGAGGCCCUGGAGAAGCAGCAGCACUACCAGACCUCGCUCCAGUCCGUCUCCUCCAAAAUGGAGACUCUGGAAAACAAACUGAGUGAACCGCUGGAGACGGACAUCAGCCCCGACAGCCACAGGAGAGACCACCAGGAUAUUAUUAGGGAAAUUCAGACGGUUCAGGAUGAAAUCGACAAACUGCAGCUGAACUUCUCCGAGGAUCUGGUGUCGAACAGUGUGGACUCAGAAAUGGCGGACCAGCUCGCCAUGCAGUCGUCUCUGUCUGUGUUGGCCGAGAGGAUGACCACGAUCCACAUGAAGGUGUCCGGGAAACAACAGCAGCUGGAGGAGUGUGUGAGUGACCGUUUGGAGGGUCAGCGUCAGGAGCAGGCCCUUCAGCAGUGUCUGAGCGAGGCCGAGGUCCUGGAGCUGUGGCUGAACACGACUCUGCAGGAACUCUCACCUUCAGACGAGAACGAGACCGUGCUCUGUGACUGUCAGAACAUGCUCCUGGAGAUAGAGGAGAAGGUGCAGGCGCUGUCUGAGCUGUCCAUGCACAGUGACAACCUUCUGCUGGAGGGACGCGCCGAGACCAAGGAGGAGGCGGAGAGACUGACGCGGAAGCUCAGCACCGUGAAGAGUGGCCUGCUCGAGCUGCAGAAGAUGCUCCAGCUCAAGCACAACAGCACCCAGGGCUCUCUCCAGGAGCAGGAGGACAGCAGUUCAGACUCCAGCCUCUCUCAGAGUCCCAGUGUUCAGGACUGGAUGGCCCAGGCCCGGACCACCCGCUCACAACAACAUCAGUACACACUGCAGAGACAGAGGGAACUUGAAGAGCAGCUGGCAGAACAGAAAAAGCUGCUCCAGUCUGUGGCCAGUCGUGGAGAAGAAAUCCUCAUUCGACAGUCCUCACCCAGUAAUACCCUCAUGUCUGAACCCUUUGCACCAGAGAAUUUGGCUCAGAAAGAAGCUGAGGUUUCCCGAGAGCAGAUGAGGCAAAGAUGGGAAAGCCUGAAACUGGAGUUAAAAACUAAAUUACAGCUUCUGCAAAAGAGUUUGGAGCAAGACCAGAAGCAACCGCUUUAUGGACACAGUCGGGUGACAGCAUCUGGCCCAUUGUUUAAAGGACAAAGUCAGGCUGAUAAAUCCUCUCUGAAGUCUCUCUACGACUCUUUCCGACAAACAAUAGAAGACAUAGCGGCUGGGCCUGGUGAUGGGAAGGCUCAGCUAGCACAGAUGGAACAGCAGCUCUUCACAGCCGUGGCCUCCACCUCCUCGUGGCUCGAUGGGGUCGAGAAUAACGUCUUCUCUGGUUCGGUGCUGAUGAGCGAGAAUGCGGAAACACAGCUCCAGAAACAAGAGAUCCUGGAAAGUGAUGUGAUGCACGUGACGGAGGAUGUGAAGCUCAGUCGGUCGCUGCUCGGUGGGUCUUGCAGUCUGAGGCAGGAGGACCGCCAUCUGCUGGAGGACAACCUGGACUGCCUCAAAGAGAGACUGGGGACUCUGGGAUCUGCUCUGGGCCAGCGCUGCGGCCACAUGAGAACCAGGGCUCAGGAACUCACUGCUUUCCAGAGCCAGCUGCAGCUUUUCCAGACUGUUUUUAUUGAGACCAAGUGCCAGAUUCUACAAGCCUUAGCUGAAGCCAUUGAUAAGCCAGUCCCCAAACAACUGGAGGUGAUUGCAAAUGCAGAGGAGAAUUUACGAGCAUUGGAACAGCGGAUCACCGAGCUCAAAGCCAGAGGAGUGUCGUUACAAACUGAUCAAUUAUCCACAAACAAACUAAUAAAACUGCAGGACUCGUAUGAAGAGUUGGUGAUGACGGUUGGCUGUCGCAGGAGUGGCCUGAAUCAGAACAUGGCGUUAAAGGAGCAGUUUGAUCGAGCUCUACAGGACUUGGCCGACCUCGUGGACACCGCUAAGGACAAGAUGGCUGCUGACCACAGGAUCAUCGCCAGCUCUCUGGAGGAAGUACAGAAUCACCUGUAUAAACAUAAGGAGUUUUUCCAAGGUCUGGAGACUCAUAUGAUCUUAACAGAAACAUACUUCAGAAAGAUCAGUUCUCUGAUUCCUCCUAAAGAGAGUGGAGCUUUAGAGGAGACUUUGAGCCAGGCUCAAGAUGUCCUUAAAAAAGCUCACAGCAAAGGUGUGGAGCUGGAACGUAUUCAUGAAACAUGGGGUCGCUUGGCUCUCGAUUACCACCUUUUGAACCAACACCUGGAGGCAGUGGAAGGGAGUAUGCCCAGAGUUGGACUGGUGGAGGAGACGGAAGAAAAGCUCCUGGAGCGGAUCUCUUUGUAUCAGGGUUUAAAGGGCAGACUGACGGAGCACCAGCACAGACUUCAUCAGGUUCUGGAUGAAGGGAAACACCUGCUGCAGUUGGUUUGCUGUGUGGGGCUGGAGAAUCAGCUGGCUCUGUUAGGAGAACACUGGAUCAACAACACCACAAAAGUCAACAAGGAGCUGCAGAGACUGGAGGCCACGCUCAGACACUGGAGCAGAUACCAGCAGGAGUGUGCAGAGCUGAGCCAGUGGCUGCAGUCUGCUCUGGAGAGACUGGAGUUCUGGAACACUCAGGCCGUGUUAGUGCCUCAAGAGCUGGAGACCGUCAGGGACCAUCUGACGGCUUUUCUGGAAUUCUCCAAAGAGGUGGAGAGCAAGUCGAGCCUGAAGAGCUCCGUGGUGUCGGAGGGAAACCAGCUGCUGAGGCUGAAGAAGGUGGACACUGUGGUUCUGCGCUCGGAUCUGGGCCGUGUAGACCAACAGUGGACUGAACUACUCACACGGAUCCCAGUGGUCCAAGAGAAACUCCAUCAGAUCCAGAUGGAGAAACUGGCCUCGCGUCAUGCCAUCUCUGAACUGUUCAAUUGGAUUUCCCUGAUGGAGAAUGUUAUUGCAGAAGAUGAGGAGAAUCUCAAGAGUGCUGUUGGUUCCACUGUUAUUCAGGACUAUCUCCAGAAAUACAAAGGCUUCAGAGUGGAUCUAACAUGUAAGCAGCUGACAGUAGACUUCGUGAACCAGUCUGUCCUGCAGCUGAGUGGGCAGGAGGCGGAGGUCAAGCGCAGCGAUAAAACAGACUUUGCUGAAAGACUUGGAGCCAUGAACCGACGCUGGCAGAUCCUGCAGGCGGGCAUCAAUGAACGGAUCCAGUUCUUGGAGAGCCUCCUGGUCAUGUGGCUGGAAUACGAGAGCAGUGUUCAAGCACUGAAGUCCUGGAUGUCAACACAAGAAGAGAGACUGAAGAGAAAACAAAGGAUAGAAGACAUCACUUCUGUACAAAAUGCCCUCAGAGAUUGUCAGGAAAUGGACGAUGUGCUGAAGGAGAAGGAGAAGGAGCUGGAGCGAGUGGAGGAGCAGGGAUGUGCUCUGGUCCAGAACAAAACAGACGAGGCCUGUGCUAUCGUCAUGGAGACACUGCAGGGGGUCAACCACACCUGGGCCAACCUCGACCACCUGAGUGGGCAGUUGAAGAUCAGCCUGAAGUCUGUGCUGGAUCAAUGGACAUUAUAUAAAAAGGCCUCAGAGGAGAUCAAUGGGUUUCUGAUAGAAGGAAGGUAUUCUGUGUCAAGGUUCCGCCUCCUCACCGGAUCACUGGAGGCCGUUCAGUCGCAGGUGCAAAACCUGCAGGACUUGCAAGAAGAGCUUGAGAAACAGGAGGGAAGCUUAAGGAAAUUUGGUGCCAUUACUCACCAACUGCUGAAGGAGUGCCACCCCUCUGUGUCCGACUCCCUCCACAGCGCUCUCAAAGACAUCAAUGCCAGAUGGACCGGGCUGCUGGAGGAGAUCGCGGAGCGUCUGAAGUCCAGUAAAGCCCUGCUCCAGUUAUGGCAGCGUUACAAAGAGCUGUACGACCAGAGCUGCUGCAGCGUCCAGCUUCAGGAGGAGAAGACCGAGCGGCUCCUGAAGACCUCCAGAAGGAAAGACAUGGCUGACGAGGCGGUGUCCGACUGGAUCCAUCAGUGCACCGAGGUGCUGCGCUCUCAAGCUCCGGGGCAGGCGUCUCUACAGGUCCUUCAUGAACUCGGCGAGCAGCUAAAACAACAGGUGGACAUAUCCGCAGCUUCAGCCAUCCAAUCAGACCAUCUGUCUCUGUGCCAAAGACUCUCGGCUCUGGAGCACGCUCUGACCCGGCAGCUCAGUUCACUGCAGACGGGGGUUCAUGAUUAUGAGACGUUCAAUGACCAGUUGGACUCACUUGGAAACUGGAUUACUGAAGCUGAGGAUGUUCUGAAGAUCCAAGACCCAAAUGGCUCAACAGAUCUGACUGCCAUCCAGGAGCGCAUGGAGGAACUCAAGAAACUAAUGCUUAAAUUCAGCUGCAUCGCCCCUGAACUGGAGCGACUGAAUGAACUUGGAUACAGACUUCCUCUCAACGAUUCUGAAAUCAAACGGAUGCAGAACCUGAACAGGAGCUGGUCCACCGCCUCGGCCCAGACCACCGAGAGGUUCAGCAAACUCCAGUCCUUUCUGCUACAACAACAGACCUUUCUGGAGAAAUGUGAAACAUGGAUGGAGUUUUUGGUCCAAACAGAAGAUAAUCUUGCAGUGGAAAUUUCCGGCAACUUCCUGAGCCUGAUGGAGCAGCAGAAGGCCCACGAGUUAUUUCAAGCUGAGAUGUUCAGCCGGCAGCAGAUUCUUCACUCAAUCAUCAGCGAUGGACAAAGGAUGUUGGAACAAGGCCAAGUGGACGACCGAGAUGAGUUCAACCUGAAGCUGGCGCUGUUGAGUAACCAGUGGCAGGGCGUGGUGCGGCGGGCCCAGCAGAGGAGAGGGAUCAUCGACGGCCUGAUCCGGCAGUGGCAGCGCUACAGGGAAAUGGUGGAGAAGUUACGGAAAUGGCUGGUGGAGGUCUCCCAUCCCACAGAGGCCCUGCAGUCGGGGGCUACGAUCCCACUGCAACAAGCCCGGUGCAUGCUGGAUGCUGUACAGCUGAAGGAGAAGGUGCUGCAGCGGCAGCAGGGCUCCUACAUCCUGACGGUGGAGGCCGCUCGCCAGCUGCUGCUCUCCGCAGACGGUCCGGCUGAGGCGGCUCUUCAGGCCGAGCUCACGGAGAUUCAGGAGACGUGGAAACAAUCGUCUCUGAGUUUGGAGGCGCAGAGGAAGGAGCUGGCCACUCUGCUCAAGGACUGGGAGAGAUGUGAGAAAGGGAUUUGUUCGUCUCUGGAGAAACUGAGGGCUUUCAAACGGCAGCUUUCACAGCCUCUUCCUGAUCAUCACGAAGACUUACAAUCAGAACAACUGCGCUGCAAAGACUUGGAGAACACCUUUGACGGCUGGACGGGGGACUUGGCUCAUCUGGCUGUGCUCAGGGAGUCCCUGUCCUGCUUCAUCAGCCCAGAAGACCUCUGCGUCCUCCAGGAGAGGGUCGAGCUGCUGCACCGACAGUGGGACGAGAUGUGUCACCAGCUCUCUCUGCGGAGACAACAACUGUGCGAAAAGCUAAAUGAAUGGAGCGUGUUCAAUGAGAAAUACAAGGAGCUUUGUGAGUGGCUGACCAACAUGGAGAGCAAGGUGUCCCAGAACGGAGACAUCAGCAUCGAGGAGAUGAUUGAUAAACUGCGCAAGGACUAUCAAGAGGAAAUCACUUUAGUCGAACAGAACAAAUCAAACUUACAUGAACUGGGAGAGCGUUUGUCCCGCGCCAGUCACCAAAGUAAAGCAUCCGAGAUCCAGCAGAAAAUGGGCAAAGUCAGCGAGCGAUGGCAGCACCUCCUGGACCUCAUCGGAGCCAGAGGGAAGAAGUUGAAGGAGACGCUGGUGGCCGUGCAGCAGUUGGAUAAAAACAUGAGCAGCCUCAGGUUCUGGUUGGUUCACAUCGAAACAGAACUGUCCAAACCCAUCGCCUACGACUCCUGCGACUAUCAGGAAAUACAAACCAAGCUGGAGCAGCAGCAGGUCAUCUGA